AAGCAGAAACGUGUAAACGCUAUAAAACGCGGCGGCGCGGCGGGCAGCUCAGAGCGUGCGGCGAGACGGAGCCCUCCUCUUCAUCUUCCUCACCCUCUGCCGCCGCCCCGGCAGCAGAGCAGCGGACCAGGGCUCACUCCCCCAGCACCGCUCCGCGUCCGCCCAGCCAGACCCACCGACGGACUCGCGGCUCCGUGGCGGCCAUGGAGCACCGCGGCGCCUCCCCGCUCCUCCUCGCCCUCGCCCUCCUCAGCGCCCUCUGCUGGCGGGCGCGGGCGCUGCCCCCGCGGGGCGCCGCCUUCCCUCCCGUGCCGCGAUUGGGAAACAGAAUGCCAUUUGAUGGAGCCAGUGAACCUGACCAUGCCCGUGGGUCAUUAAAGUCAGAAUCAGAUAUUUUGCAGAACACAUUACCUGAAAAUGAGAAAUUCUAUUUUGAUCUGUCCAGAAUUAUUGAUAGAAAUGCAAGGCAUGCUGAUGGAAUUUUCACCAGUGUCUACAGCCAUCUUUUGGCUAAACUUGCUGUGAAGAGAUAUCUGCAUUCGCUUAUUAGAAAACGAGUUAGCUCCCAGGACAGUCCUGUCAAGCGCCACUCUGAUGCUGUCUUCACUGACAAUUACAGCCGCUUUCGAAAGCAGAUGGCUGUGAAGAAAUACUUAAACUCAGUUUUAACUGGAAAAAGAAGCCAGGAAGAGCUAAACCCUGCUAAACUUCGAGAUGAAGCAGAACUUCUUGAACCAUCCUUUUCAGAAAACUACGAUUCCGUAGAUGAGCUGCUGAGCCACCUCCCACUGGACCUCUGAAGGACACCUGGUAAAGUCUAUGACAAGAACAAGCUAUUUUUGAGUUCCACAUAGUAUUUCAAAGAGAUGACUUUAGUCAUCAAACCAGAACAAAUAUGUUGUGAAGUGAAAGUUGUGAUAUAUUUGUUUCUUAUGUAAUAAAAGUUGAUAUUUACAUUGUAAAUAUUACUCUAGAGUUCUCUACUGAAAGCUGUACAUAUGGAUGCCAGUUUAACUCAUGAGAAGUCUGUGAGUCCAUAUGCUGUAAAUCCUUUACUUCAAUAAAUUCAUUUGAAAAUGA